AUGUCCACUGGCGAAGUCUCCGCGCUCUUCAACACGCUGCUGCGUCCAGCCGUCCUUUACAUUCUGCGCGCCGCAGGCUUCCACAGCGCCAAACCGUCUGUAGUAGAUACGCUGGUGGAUCUGACUGCACGGUACAUGCUACUGCUCGCGUCGCGGACAGCCUACAAUGCCUAUUCGAACCAUAAUGAUCUCACGCCCGACCUCACAGAUGUGCGCAUGGCGAUGCAAGACUGCGGGCUCCUAGUGCCCACUCUUACCGGGGCCGAAGAAGUUUGGAAGGAGAUGCUCCGGAGACCUUUGGAGGAGUACGACGAAGAUAGCGGGGCAAGAGCAAAGGAGGAGAAGCGACGGCUUGAUGAAGACACCGAAGAUGUGAGGAAAUUCAUUGAGUGGGUCAAAGGGGAUGUUCACAAGGAGAUACGGAGAAUAGCGGGGACAUUGAAACCUGCGCUCUCUGCAACGGAAGCAUUGGACGCCAUAGAGAUGGAGGACUAUCUGACUACACUCAUGAAGAAGCACAGUAAAACAGGCGUCGAGUCCAGGUUCCAAGGGACCGUCCUGGGCAAUCCAGGUGAUCCUCGACCCAUCAGAAUUGAAGGUGGGCCAGCCGAAUCAAUACAGGAGUGGUGUAGGAAAACUCGAGAACAAGCUGCGAAAUUAAUCAAGGAGGUCGCGGAGCGUACGAAUCACGUCGAAGAGCCGACCGAUAGUCUUGAGACCCUGGCUAUGGAUACUCAGUGA